GCUUUGAUGGGCAAGAGAAGAAGAAUUGCAAGCAGGAAUGCCAAGAGAUCCAUUUGAAAGGUUGGCAAAGGAAAUUUGAAGAUCAAAUGCAACCAAAAUGGGAUGAAACAAAGCAACCACAAAGUGGAAUUAAAAAUGAUUUUCCUUGGGUCGGUUGGCUUCCUUAUCAUACAAUCAUCGAUAUGGGAGAAAGACCAUAUAAAUCCAUGUUGUGUGGACAGAGGUUCGAUCAAUCCAAUCAUCUCUUUUCUCAUAAAAAGGCACAUUCAGAAGAGAAGCCAAAUAUCUGCAGGGAGUGUGGAAAGACCUUCUGUGAUAAUCAUUCUAUUAGAAGACAUGAAAGGAUUCACAAAGGAGAACAACCUUAUCAAUGCAUGGAGUGUGGAAAGGGUUUUAGGAAGAGUAGUCAUCUUACCUCCCAUAAUAAGAUUCACAAAGGAGAAAGACCUUAUAAGUGCUUGGAAUGUGGCAAGACCUUUACUCGUAGCAGUAGUCUUAUUUCCCAUAAAUUGAUCCACACAGGAGAGAAGCCAUAUCAAUGCAUGGAGUGUGGAAAAAGUUUUAGGCGGAGUAGUAAUCUUAUCUGCCAUAACAGGAUCCACACAAGGGAAACGCUAUAUCAAUGCAUGGAGUGUGGAAAAACCUUUACUUGUAGCAGUAGUCUUAAUUCCCACCAUUUGAUCCACACAGGAGAGAAGCCAUAUCAAUGCAUGGAG